UUCCUGUCACUGGAUACUAUUCCUACGACCAGCGGCGGCGGGAGCAGCGAGUAACUCGCCCUGCUGCGGCUGCCGGCACGUUGCAAAGCCAGUCUCCAGGAGGGGCCAAAAGGAAAUCUUGACCAACUCCCCUUCCUAUCUCUCCCACCCCACUCUCUCUAGCUGCUCGCGGCCGCGGAAGUCUCCUGGGCACGCCGCCGCCACCAUGGGCAUGUUGGACAGACUGAGGAAGGACUGGUUCAUUCUGGGAAUAGUCCUGGUGAUCACGGUGGCCAAGCUGGAGCCGGCCUUUGGGGUGAAAGGGGGACCACUGAAACCAGAAAUCACCAUCACCUAUAUUGCUGUUUCAGCUAUAUUCUUCAACAGUGGGCUAUCGCUGAAAACAGAGGAGCUGACAAGUGCUUUGAUGCAUGUGAAAUUGCAUCUUUUUGUCCAGAUCUUCACACUUGUAUUCUUCCCAACAGCAAUAUGGCUAUUUCUUCAGCUGUUAUCUAUCACACCUAUAAAUGAAUGGCUUUUAAAAGGUUUGCAGACGGUAGGCUGUAUGCCACCUCCUGUAUCUUCAGCAGUGAUUUUAACCAAAGCUGUUGGUGGGAAUGAGGCAGCUGCUAUAUUUAAUUCUGCAUUUGGAAGUUUUCUGGGCAUCGUUAUUACACCCUUGCUUCUCCUACUUUUUCUUGGAUCAUCGUCCUCUGUGCCUUUCUCAUCUAUAUUCUCACAGCUGUUCAUGACUGUUGUAGUUCCUCUCAUAAUUGGGCAGAUUGUCCGAAGAUAUAUCAAGGAAUGGCUUGAGAGAAAGAAGCCUCCAUUUGGUGCUAUCAGCAGUUGUGUACUCUUGAUGAUCAUCUAUACAACUUUCUGUGAUACAUUUUCCAAUCCAAAUAUUGACCUUGAUAAGUUUAGCCUGAUUAUAAUAGUUUUCAUAAUAUUUUCAGUUCAGCUGGGUUUCAUGCUGUUAACUUUCUUCUUUUCUACGAGGAAGAAUUCUGGGUUCACACCAGCAGAUACAGUGGCUAUUAUUUUCUGCUCGACACACAAAUCUCUAACCUUGGGAAUACCAAUGCUGAAGAUAGUAUUUGAAGGCUAUGAGCACCUAUCUUUAAUUUCAGUCCCUUUACUUAUCUAUCACCCGGCUCAGAUCCUUCUUGGCAGUGUGCUGGUACCAACAAUAAAAUCUUGGAUGAUUUCUAGACAAAAGGGAAAUUACAACAGGUGGAUUCCAGAUCUACCUAAAAUCUGCCAGCCUUUACCAUCCAUGCUAUAUCAGAUGUGUGAAUUCAGUUUGGAAGUACCAGGCGUGAGAGUAGGGCAUGCUGUCAGUUAGUGGCAGAGAAACAAGGCAGUGUCAUAUAUCCAGGUAUGAGGAAGUGAGAUAAAGAAAUAAUCAUCUAUUGAGCCCAGGGAGUGAUGUGAUGAAACAUUGAUUGAAACAAAACCAAAUUCUUCUUUGGCUCCUGAUAAUUGAGGAUUGUUUCAGUGGAGGAGGAAACUAGUAAGACUGGGGGGAACUAACUGCAGAAAGGUGUGAGCAGAAGAUUGGUGUUUCUUUGGGAAACAUUUAGUAGCAACUGCUUUGCUACUUGUUGCUGGUAGUAUUUGGAGUGUUGAACUGAGGCUGAGGAGAUCCAGGUUCAACCCACCACAUGACCUUGAAGCUCACUGGGUGACUUUCACACAAUCAAACAACCCAUGGUUGUUUGUGAGCAAAAGCAACUGAACAAGCUGACUUCCACUCUCUCGCCUGCUUCCACUUUCUGAAACAACCCCUAUGUUUGGGCACAUCUCUGGGUUGUUUGCCUCUGAGCUUACAUGUCAAAACAGCCCAGGGACCAACAUUCGGAAAGCUGAUUCACAGUGGAAGUGGCAGAGGAGUAGGAGGCAGUGCACUCACUUAUUCCCAUGCAGUCUCGACGCUUCAUGGAAUAUUAAACUCAGACAAACAGGUCACUGAUUCUCAAGCCUAUCCUACCUUACCAAGUUGAGUGAGGUUAAAAUGGAGAGGAAGGAAACCAUGUAAUCUGCCUUGGGUUCUUGGAAGAGAAUGCUGGAUAUAAACGUAUCAAAUAUAUAAGUAUGUUAUGUUGAUUAGUUGUGUUUUUAUGAAUGCAACCCACUGAUGCUCCUAUUUAAUGUUUUCAGGCAUUGAAAUUGACAAAGCAGCCCAAGGUGCCAGUGAAAGUAUAACAACGGAAGUGAUCCAUUGAAUGUAAAUAUGUACUAUUUUGUACAUACACAGAGACAAUUUAGAAGAUGGGCAUAUGUGAAUGUUGCUUCAGCACUUACUUUAUUUUUAUAGAUACAUAUAUAUUUACAAUACCUAAGUACCUACUGAAGUGCCUUAAACUAUGUUUGAUGAAAGCAUUGAUUCCAAAAUCAACGGUCUGGUUACUGUAAGAGAUUGCACACAAUUUGAGGGUCAUUUGAUUUUUUUAAUUAUUUUUCUUACUGGGCAAAUACUUCUAUCGGUGAAAGACUGGAGCUUCCAUCAUUGCACAUUCUCAGAAUCAGUGGACACGAUCCACCGUGUGUUUUUCUCACACAGAUUCUACUGAAAUUAACGAGAACUGCAUGGGAGCGCUAUUCCGUGAAUUGCACUAACCAUUCACAAAUGCAUAUGUUAACCCCUGGUUAAAACAAACAGGGCAACUCUCUUCUGGCUGAGUACAGGAAAGAAAUUUCUGAAGUUCCAGUCAAGUUUAACUUGAAUUUUUAUGUGAUUCCAUAACCCUGCCUGCUCAUGGUAUUGUGACAUGCCUUUUUCUUCUGAGUUUGUGUACACUCAGCAUGGGGCCAUCCAUUGGAAAGGAACUGAGAAGCAUAAAUUAUUUGCAUUUGUUGACACAGUUGUCUAGACAUUCCUUCAAAGCUAAUGGUUUCUCAAGACAAUUCUCUCAGUUCCAUUUUUAUGAUAUUGUGGCAUUGUAUAUCAUAAAUGCACCCUGAGCUGCUUCAAAGAGUAAACCUGGUGCUUAGGAUAGUAAGGAAAGAUCUGUGAUCUGUAGGCAAAGUGAGGAGACUAUAUCAUCAUCAUCACUAACCCAAACCAAGUGGAGGAUUUUUGCCCCCCUUUUUUCCAGCCACAGCACACCGCACACCACAGGGACAGAAGCAGAUCAGGUGCUAAAAGUGCAGCAGUCACUUUACUGCCAUUCAUUGAGUUGAUUGAGCUGUGAUGUUUGCAGCCGCAUAAGCAGCAUGCAAAAUGCUAGUUAGGAAGGUAAACCAACCAUUUUUUCAGAAAGCAAAUAUAUUUAUAUAUUAUUCACCUUUAGGGAGCAAUGGUAUGAAGAGGGAUAACUUCUGGCCCAUGUGACAAUCAGAUGUAGCUUGGGUGGAAAUUAAAACAAAUAAAAGUAUUGAUUUUCUUUACAUUUUAAUAAGGGGAAAACAAAAUACUAGGGUAUUCAUGAAUACAGAGGAAAUACAGGGAAAAGUCUUUUCAUAUAAUAAUGUAGUAUGCAGUGCACCUUAUUCAUAAGGCCGGACCACAAUCUGAGAAACAGACGCAUCAUUAAAGCCUCAUCGGCUUGGGGGUCAUGUGAGCCCAAUCCAACAGUUCCGUGUCCUGUCCAGGAGGUCAUCCCCAUUCAUUGGCCAGUCCAGUGAUGAACAUAAGAAAUCAAGCCAAGGGUCCAUCUGGCCUAGCAUUCUGUCAGCUACCCAAGGGAGCCCACAAGCAGGACAUGGGUACAGCUGCACCCUCCCUCCCCAGUUCUCCAGCAACUGGUGCACCAUCAAAGUGUGUGGAGAAGACAACUGGGGCAAAUGCAUGCAUGUCUGUUUGAUGGCAUGUGGAGUAUGGGGAAUGACAUCACUGAUUUUGCAGAUGGUCUUCCCUGGGCAUUGCAAAGGAAGGACAGGGUCCUGGCGGAUGGCGUACAGCUUCAGCAUUGUUUUUAACAGCAUACACAGUGUUUGAAACACAGUCCACUUUCCCUAUCCCAGAGUGUAACCAUGCUUAAUUGGGAUUAACUGUCCUGCCCAUAUAAUGUUAUUUGGUGCCAAGUUGAGGUCCUUUUUGUUAGCAGCAUUUUCUAUCAAACAGUUUUUCAUGGUCUCCACACAUCGCACAUAGGAGCUCUGCAACCUUGUGGAGCACUCUUCUGGAAGCAAGAAGAGCUGAGGAAUUUCUGGCAGGAGCCCUGCAGCACCAUCGCAGUGCAUGUGUCCCACGCAGGAACCCAUCUGCUCCAUCAGGUCCCAGCAUUGUUCCCAGCCUCCUUGAGAACUGCAAUCUUACUCCAUGAGCUGCGGCGAACAGCUGAGGUGUUACUACCUCUUACCUUGCUUUGCUGUCAUCAUUUCUGUCUAUUUCUUUGCGUUUUAUUGAUUUGGUUUUAUAUUCCCGAUCUCUGGUGGCCCCAUUGCCUGAGAUCUUACGACCCUAAAGGCACACUUCUUACCACACGUGUCUGCUCCCACCCCUAGACCAGCACUCUUUGUGGCUUAGUGUUUGUGUUAGUUGUUUUUGCUUGCCCUGGAGAAGGAGAUCAAAUGGAGGUACGUGCCUGUUGCUUAGCAUAUGCAAAGAAAGCCGGGUGCUCCAGGUUAUCCUUGGAAAAGUCCAUGUGAGGAGGUGAAUCUGCUGCCGGCUUUGGCAUCUUCAACCUUCAAAGGUCAGUGCACAGCCCUGGAAGGAAGGGGGGUUGAAAUAACAAAUGCUGUCUCUGACACUCCUCAGUGUCUUCUGCAGCCUUCUGUCUUUAAACCUGUUUUCUGAACUCAUCUGUCAUUUUUUCUACCUGGAUGGAUCAACAUCAUAUUGGAUCCUUCAGUCCUUUCUACUACCCAGAGGGGUUACAGGAUCAAGUUUGACACUCUCCCUCCCCUCAGUACCAUCAGAACCACAGUUCCUUCAUGGAUGCUGAAAACAGAAGUAGAGAAGGGGGCCAUAGAGCACAUCCCAUCAGAACAUGAUUAUCAAGGAUGUGAACUCUUUCAUCACCCCCAAGAGAUUCUGGAUGGUUACAUUGGUAUUGAUAUUCCCACUACUACACAGUGGGGACUGGUUCAUACUGGUAGAUUUAAAAGACAUAUUAAAUUCUUUCCAUAUUACCACUGGGUCACCAUUACCUCCAGUGCUGACCUUUGGUCUGGCCACUGCAGCAAGUCCAUGGGGGUGGCGAGAACCCAUUUUUUUGUCCACGGGGGGAAGGUCUAUGCUUAUGUCAACAUUUGGCUACUGGUCAACUCUAUGAGGGCAGGGGUCCUCAAGGCUGAUCUUUCUGAUGUGCCUUCACCUCUAUAUCUUUGGUCUUUAUGUGGAAAUGGAAUUAUGGGUGGACAAAAUAAACUUGUUCAUGGAGAUUCUCUAGCCUUCCACAUCUUGGGUCCUUAGAAUGAAUGUGUCUCUCUCUCAGGCUGGGGUGCCCACUGCAACACACUGACAAUAUGAGGGAUGUGUACAGGAACAGAACCUAAUGGGGUUGGAUGUUGAAAAGGCCUUGCAGGUGCUCAGAAUGGGCCUUGGGUUUUUUCUUAUUCAAGUAGUUCCAGAUAAUAGCACCACCAUUUGCUACUUGAACAAACAAAAGGAAUACCUUUGACAUCCAUCAGUCCCAAGCCUGAUUGCUUACAGCCAGGGCACAAUUUGGCACAUAGAUGCUUUACAUGACCUCCUGAGUGAUCCAAUAACCCAUGUGCCAGUUCUCUGCUUGCACUGGUGUAUAAUUAAUGCAGUUUGUAAACCCACUUUGAAAUCUUACAUCCAUGAGCAGGCAGUGCCUUGUGCAUCUGCCACAGUUGGCAGUUUUGACCGCAAGUCCUGCUGGUCUUAUUAUCUGUUUCACAAAGACCAGAAGCCUUCUCUGCAAAUGUAUCUGGCAGCUGUCUCAGCCUCACUCCUUCUGGUGGAUGAUCUCUCUUUCUUCUCCCGCUCAACCACAAGUUUCUCGAAGGAGUGCAGGAUCUAACGCAACAAAUUUGGCACCCUGUCCUGAGUUGAGAUUUGUCAACCAGCCUGAAAGAUUUGGCCACCAAGCUGUUUGAACAGCUUGCUAAAUGAAAUCUCCAUCUCCAUUUGUAGAAAAUGGCUCUCUCUGUAGCUUUGCUGCUUUCCAGUCGGGAAAACAAUGUGCCUUAUAUAUGGACACAGCUGCUAUUCCAUCUUGAUAAAGUGGUAUGCCAUCCAGAUGUCACCUUGCUUUCCGAAGUUGUGUCUGAUUUUCUUCUGAAACAGGGCACAGUCCUUCUGGCUUGAUUACCAUUUCCUGCUUCUCCAGCUGAGUCUUCUCUAGACACUUCGGAUGUUUGGUGGGUGCUGGCUUUUUACAGGGCAAGGUACAAGUGUUCUCGUGAGACUCUCCGCUUGCUUAUUUGUUACGAUGCCAGGCAGCAUGGACCUCCGGGGUCAGUGCAAAGAUUUACAUCUGGGUUGUUCGAUUCCAUCAAGUUAGCAUAUUAAGUCGGCUGGCCUUGAUCAUUCCAGUCCAAGCCCACUUAACCCAGGCUGAGGCUAUAGGUGUCGCCUGAGAGAGGAAUUUCCCCUUCUCAGCUCUUCAGAACAGCCACCUGGUCAAAAAUGUCAACUUUCAUCAGCCGUUGCAGACUUUAUGUGCAUGUCAAGGUGGAGUGCUCCUUUGGCAGUGCAGUUUUGUCUGCUGGUCUGCAGUGGGACAUCAACCUGCCACGAGUAGGUCAGUUUGCUGCUUGCACAUUUGUGUGAUGCAUGGAGACCACAAAGAGGAAAACCAAGUUGUUUACCUGUAACUGAAGUUCUUUGAGUGGUCUGUUAAUUUACGGAACCAUCCACCAUCCCUGCUUUGGUGUCUACCAAGGCUACAACUAGCAAUUUCAGUGAACUGAGGGAAUAGGUGGAAAUACAAUAGGGAAAGGUGCAUGAGACAGUGGGGGGAGUUCCUGCCAAAAAUUCCUUAGCUAUAGGCAUUUUCCAAGUAAGGUGCUCUACAGAUACAGUGCCCACAUGUUUGAAUGUUCAGAUGACCACUUGAAGAACUACAGUUACAGGUAAGCAGCCUGCCUUUUCAUUAGUUUAUUGAUAGACUAUGAAAUGAUGUCAUGAGUUCUAAAUGCUAAAAAUGUAUGAGCCUGCAACAUUCUGUCUCUUGUUAACAGGAAUUAAGAUCACUGAAACUGUGCCAGUAGAAAGGUUACUGCAUUCCUCUAAUUAGGUUGCCUCAAUCAUUUUAUGUGCAAACAUAAUCAUAAAGUGGAUGUGUCACUUCAGUGUUUCUAAGAAGAAAGCCUUUAGAAAUGAACCCCAAGAAAUCUUAAGUAAAAUUCUCAACAAAGUGGAUCAACUUCUUUUCCUGUUGUGGCUCAGUAUCUUUCUUGACUCAGUGGUUUAAAAGUAUGCAAAGAAAGGCAAAUAAUCAGAAAAAGGGCACACAAUGUACUUUCUUUUUGUGUCCACAAAUUCUUUUCUGAGUUUCCAGAAUACAUGUCCAAAGCCCACAAUUGUUCUGGUCAUGGGUCAAGGAAGAAAAUGAACCCCAAGGGAUUUCUGCUUGACUUCCAAAACAGGUCACAAUAUAUUGUGGAUUAUUUUGUGCAGCCCCAGGGAAAUGAAAAGGAUUUAUAUAAGAGUGCAAGUUUUGCUCAUAUGUAGAUCCAGUUCAUUUUGUUUCAUCUUGCACAGGAAACAUUCCUAGCAGAUUGUUUCUGAUUCGAUUAAACUCAUGCACAACUCUUCUAUCACUUGAGUCAUGUCUGAUCUUGAACAGUCACAACACUGCUACUAUUCCAACAGAUCUACCUCAGAUUACUACAGCAGCAUUGGUUGUAACUAUGAUCAUUUGUCAUGGCAAUUUCAUUGAUAUUUUAUUGUAUUCGAGACUGUUCCAAAGAGGCAAUUUUGGCUAUGGCUGUUUAUAGCCUGGAACAGCCUAAAUGGUAUUAUGUUCUUCUUUUUACAUAUGUGAAUGUUGGACGGAUUGUUCUGAAAGGGGCAUAAAGCAAAAUCGAAGUGCAUCUUUUAAAUUCAUACUUAGGAGAACUUAAUUAUUCAUAUCCAAAAUGUUACAUUGUGUUUAAGAACUGUUAAGAUGCCCAUUUCAUGCCUUCUGCUGUAAAAGGAGCUCAUUGGGUGUUGGUUUGGAAAGAGACAAACAAAUAGGUCUGCAAUUUAUUUUUAUAACUUGGGUCCUUUUUCCCUGGGUAAAGUGUUCCUGUUUCUUUUUAAAGCCUAUAUGAACAUUUUUAAAAUAAAAAAUAAAAAUAAGUUAUCUGCUUUCUUGGUCAUAUUAAGGAUAUCAAUUAUAAUAAAAUACAAUACAC